AUGGCAGCGUCAGGCUCGAGGCGAGCUUCAACGACGGGGAUUGGGGAGGAGUCCGAGGCGAAGCGGCCAAAGCUCUCGGCUUCGGCGCACGAUGGGUCUCGCACUGGCUCGCUGAAUGACGAAUCCAAUACUUCGCCUUCCGGUGGUCAUAUUCUCUCCGAGCGUCACGGCACUGACGCACCCGAUGGCCCGGCGAAGGCAUCCCCACGAGCCGGCUCGGCCGCGCAACCGCCGAACGCGCACCAUGGCGCUGCGGACCCGCCUCCCCUCGAAGCAAGCCGGACAUCUGCAUCCCAGUCAUCAGCAUCGACGACGCCAGCCGUCGAAGCAGGUCCUUCUACAUCCGCAGCAGCCCCAGCACCAAUAGCAGCCCCAGCAGCGCCACCUCGCGCACCGGACCCGUUCAUCCCCGCCCCAGCCUGGUCCGCCCUCUCCCGCUCGGCCCAUCCCACCCUCACCCCCUCCCGCUCGAUCUACACCUACGAACGCCUCAACCACAUCCAAGAAGGCACCUACGGCGUGGUCUUUCGUGCCCGGCCGCGGGAUACCACUCCACCACCUGCCGUCUCGCGUUUGCGCCGGAUCGGCUACCCCGGGGUCACCGCUGGGGAAGUUGCGGUGAAAAAACUCAAGCUGGACAACGCAGGCGGGAGUGGGUUUCCCAUUACGGCCUUGCGCGAGAUUCAAACGCUCACGCUUACGCGAAGCUUACCCUCGGUGGUGCGACUGGAAGAAGUGUGUGUGGGCAAGACGCUGGAUCAGAUUUUCCUGAUUCUGCAGUUUAUGGAGCACGAUCUCAAGUCUUUGAUCUCCCUCAUGCAUCGGCGCGGGGUGGGAUGGAAAGGUAGCGAGGUGAAAUGUUUGCUCCAUCAGCUGUUGACGGGCGUCAAAGGUUUGCAUGCGGCUUGGGUGGUGCAUAGGGAUUUGAAAAGUUCCAACAUCCUCAUGGACAAUCGCGGGCGGUUGAGUAUUGGGGAUUUCGGUCUGGCGCGUAGGUUCGGUGACCCCAUCGAUGGGUGGAGAGACGUCCAACACCCACGAACCCAUCUAGCCACACCCACCAACGAGGGGAAUGGAGGGAUGACCGAUCUGGUAGUGACACUGUGGUAUCGUGCACCGGAACUGCUUUUGCUCCAUCAAACGUUGGAACGCCCACGAUCAGCCGACUCCCCACCACGCAGCAUGCCGCUGUACGACGAGAAGAUCGAUAUCUGGUCCGUAGGAUGCAUCUUUGCCGAGUUGCUUUUGACCCAUCAGUCGGGAGGAGGACUGUUUCAGGGCAAGAACGAGGCGGAUCAGUUGCGAAAGAUCGAACGCGUACUCGGCGCACCUAACGCUACAAUUUGGCCCGAAUUGCCGCUGUGGCGUGGGGCCUCGCAGGUCGCUCCCACGCCCUCCCCUACAGCGGUCGCAGACGAGGAGCGGAGGGUCAAACGUAGGUUAGAGCAAGCAUUCCACCCAACGCCACUCACAGAGGGAGCCCUGGAUCUGCUCUUCAGACUCCUCCAUUGGGAUCCGAAACAGAGACCCAGCGCAGAGGCCGCAUUGCAGCACGCAUAUUUCAAAGAGGCACCCAAGAUGGCCCACCCAGAUUCGUUCGGUAGCUUCCCCAGCGCUGCCAAGGGCGAAAGCGUCGAGGUGGACACGCCUAGCGCACCCAAUGUACACGCACAGAGGGCUAGGGACGGGGACAGAGCGGACAAGGGAAAUGCGGGAAAGGCCUACCAGAUGGAAUUCGAUUUCACCGCUUAG